UCAAAGUUUUGAGUUGUUGGAUUUUAAAAAGCUUAAAGACACUUGUGAUAAUUUGAAUAAAAAAGUAGAAAAAUUUAAAUUAUUAGUAAAAGAAACAGAAAAUUUGGAAAAGCUUGAUGAAACUUACUUAAAAUUAUGUAUUUAA